UGUACCAUGUCAAUGUUAUGGAAUUGGUAUUCAAAGGAUGUCUGUUUCAUUUCCAGCCAAUGGAAGACCUCCACCAAGGCCUUAUUUGGGGGCACUUGUGUGGGUGUCUUUGCGUUGUUGAUAACCAUCAACUGGUGGAGAAGAAUACUCUUCCAGUACAAAAUCUACUGUGCAGAGUUGAGGGAGAAAGAGGUCGUGCAACUACUGAGGGCCGGUGUGGCCUUGAAACAGAUCCAGGAGCCUUAUCGCAACACCGAUUUUACACAAAAUAACAACAUGUUUCACCACUGGUUUUGGGCGUUGAACCAGAACUUGGCGGUCGAGGUUGGGGACCAGGUUUACCUCUACCCUAGUAUUUUCGAGCACAUCGUCUUCUGCGUCGGAGACACAAUGGAAUGGUCUGUCCACCAUGUGAUCAUGCUACUGUUCAUGUACUUUAACGGUUAUGUUUUCAUCUCGUGCAUGAUAGGAGCAGGCACGGGUUUUCUGCUGUGGCAGUACAAG